GUCACCAGCCAGUCAUCACCAUUUUGUAAUCAGCAAAUGACCAAACUGCCCUCACGCUCUCCCACUUCGUUUCUUCUUUCCCGCCAAAUCCCCCGUCACCAGAUAAAACCCUUUUGUCCUCUCCCCCCAACCCCAAAAACAAAUCCUACGAUGGCGCAGCAAGAAGAAGAUCCGAACCCCAUUGCCGAGAUACACAAGCUCGAGAUCCCGACUCGCCGAGUGAAGAACAUUAUGAAACUUGACAAGGACAUCAACAAGGUCAACUCCGAAGCGCUGUUUCUCGUAGCUUCCUCCACCGAGCUAUUCAUCCAGUUCCUAGCGGAGAAAUCGGCACACGUCGCACUGGAGAAGAAGAAAAGAACUGUGAGGGUCGAGCACAUGCGAGUUGCGGCCAAACGCCACCGCCCUACCGGUGAUUUUCUGCUGGACUCUCUUCCGAUGCCUCCGCAGCCGGCCGAACAAAACCCUCCGAAAGAUCAGGCAAAAACGAGGCUGGAUAAGAAGCCUGUUCCUUUUGCUACUCGGUCAAUUGAGGCUUUCUUUCAGAAGUUCACUUAGAUCUAAUGAUUCAUCUUCUAAUUCUAUUUUAGUUUCCAUCGUGCAGAAUGUAAAAAAUUGAAGAAACUACUCUGCUACUGGCUUUUUGAUGUUGUUUUUAUGGUAUAUGAUUUUGCUUGUUCAAAUUAUUAUGCUUUUGAUUCUUGAGUUUCAGCCUGGCGAAGAUUGAGUAAUUGCCUUUCGAGGUUUUGAAAUUUAUGGUAAAGGCUGUAAGAAUUCUUGUACUUGUGGUAUUCUUUUUCUGUCAUUAGUUAUUAGGCAAACUAUAUUUCGUUUGUAUUAAUUUAUUUGGUUGUCUGUUAAUUUUCCUCAUCAGUGACAAUCUUGUCUAUGACUCUCAUGAUCCAUCAUUGGACAUUUGAUAAUCUAA